AGGUCAAGACUGUCUCCCUAUGCCUACCUCGCUGCACUCUUACACUUCACAAACACAGCAAUAUUCUCAUUGAAGAGAGCAAUAGCUUUGCUGGGAAGCCAUGAGCGUGCUUGGGGCGGUGAUUGCGGGUGCCAUCGGGAAACAAGUCGUCACCAAGCUCAGUAAAUAUGCUGCAUCGGAGAUCACUCUGCAGUGGAGGUACAGAGAGGACGUGUUGGACCUGGGGGAGAAGAUGAAAGAUCUGGAGGCUGUGUUGCUUGAUGCCGACGACAAGUCGCGUCGAGUAGGAGAAGGUGGAAGACUAUAUCAGCGGUGGCUUACAAAAUUUAAGCGCGUUUCAUACGAUGUCGAGGACAUGAUUGAUGAGUUGGACGCUAAUGAGCUCAUCAAGAAGAGUCAAUCGAAGGUCAACUUAUGGAUUUCCAGAAACAAUCAACUCCUGCAGCGAAAAACCAUGCCGCACAAGACGAAGAAGGUGAUGAAGAAAAUAGAUGCAAUUAAAGAGGAGGGCGGAAUGGUGCUCAAUCUUGUGCCUCAAGAAGCCAGGGGAGAAGGGAGCAGAAACAAUGAAACCUUUGCAGCCAACUGGAAUGGUGAUGGCAUGAAAACUGGAAUGGUGGGGAGGGAUAUGGAGAAGGAGAAGAUAAUCAGCCUGCUACUGACAAGUGAAGCUAACCAGGAUAUCUCCAUCAUUCCAGUUGUUGGCCUUGGUGGCAUAGGCAAGACAACACUGGUUGAAUCAGUUCUUACUGAAAAGAGGGUCAGUGUGUUUGACGUCUCAAUCUGGAUUAAUGUGUCUGAACAGUUUGAUUUGCACAAAAUUGGGAGUGCUAUCCUGAGAAGAAUGAUGGAUGGCACUAUCAACCCUGACAAUUGCGAUUGGCAACAAGUUCUGGAAAAAGAACUUGCUAAAAGAAGAUACUUGAUUGUUCUGGAUGAUCUCUGGGAAGAAGAUGGAAAUAAUCUUGAAAGGUUGAAGGAGAUGUUACAGCAUGGCCGCAAGGGUAGUCGUAUUAUAGUAACUACCCGAAACCUACGCGUAGUGCAACAAUUGCGCACUGGUUUUCUUGCAAAUCAGAGGAAAAUUUGCCCAGUUCCUGAGCCUGACAUAAUUGAUUUGGGUGUUUUAGAACCUGGUGACUGUUGGGAAUUAAUAAAGCAAAGGGCAUUUGGGCCCGAUGAUGACCACCGUGGCUUGGAAGAAAUUGGGAAGCAGAUUGCAGGGAAGUGUGGGGGAUUACCGCUCGUAGCAAAUGCUCUUGGGCAAGCAAUGUCGGAGCUAAGGACCGUGGGGGCAUGGGAAGAUAUAAGAGACACCAAGGUUGAUUUGGGUUUGAGAGAAGUAUAUCAGAAAGAAACAUUAGAGAGGCUAAUGCUUAGCUAUUGCUACAUGAAGCUAGAAUUCAAAAUGUGUUUCGCGUACUUGACAGCCUUCCCCAAGAGCUUUAUCAUGGAUAGAAAUCAUCUAAUCCAGCAAUGGUAUGCACUUGGAUACAUUAAUUCAAGGCACGAUGGUCAAAGGUGCAUCAACUACCUUUUGGGAAUGUCCUUUCUUCGGGUUUCAGGUUCCGCUUCGGUUAUUUCAAGGUCAUUGCAGUACAAAGUUCCUCCAGAACUCGUGAUGCAUGAUUUGGUUCAUGAUCUUGGAUCAAUAAUUGGUGCUGAUGAAUUCGUUGUUCUGGAUGCUACCAACAGCGCCAGCUGGAAAAAAUCUCAUUAUGUCCGACAUGCACAGUUAAUCAAAUUCAAGAAUGAUCCUAUGGUUUUCAAAUAUAUUCCACGCAAGCUUAGAUCCCUCCACUUUAGGGAUUUUGGGGGACUACAACUCCCAAAAAAGGCAUUCUCUCGAUCCAAGUACAUACGUGUCUUGGACCUGAGUGGACAUUCAGCUAAAGGUCAAUCUGCUCCAAGUAGUGUGGUGCUGCCAUCUUCCAUUACUCAAUUGAAGCUAAUUAGGUAUCUUGAUGCCGCAGGCUGGCCAAUAACAUGUUAGCUUUCCAUGCUUAGAGCAUCUGAACCUAUCAAGUUGCCAUGAGCUAGAAAAGCCGCCAAUUGAUUUCAUCCACCUUUGGAAACUUGAGUUCAUGAACCUCUCUGGUUGCUACAAGAUUUCAAUGUUGCCAGGAUCAUUUUGCCAACUUAAUCGUUUGAAAUACCUGGAUCUUUCAGAUUUUUAUAACCUCAGAGAACUCCCUGAAUGUAUUGAUCACCUCUCCGAGCUUGAAUAUUUGAACCUAACAAGUUGUCCUAAGCUCCGCAAAUUGCCUGGGUCACUAUGCAAAUUGUUUAAGCUGAGGUGUCUGUAUUUGUCAUACUGUCUGAGCCUCUGUAAGUUCCCCUCUUAGUUUGGUGACCUUAAGCUACAAAUACUGCACAUAAAUGGCCUUCUAGCUAUGUAUGACUGCCCUGAUAGCAUUGGUGACAUGACUAGCCUCACCCAGAUUGUGAUGGAUAGUGCAACUCCUGCUUUACUUGAAAAGGUUACAGCCAUUCGAAAGCGUCUAAAUCUUGUGGGCAAGGUAGAGCAUCAUGUACAUGAGAUAGAGAGUAGAGGAUGCAGCAGUAUAGUGGAUCUUGUGGGAUUGACUUGUUCAGAACUGAUACUUGUAGACCUUCAGAAUGUCAAGCGUCCGGGAGAUGCAGAGAGAGUCAAACUGCAUGAUAAAUCAGAUACUCGAGUUCUAAAACUUCUAUGGAAAAACAAAGAAGGUAAAUCUGUGCUGGAUAGGCUUGUACCUCCUCAGUCUCUAGAAAAUCUUUUGCUAGAUGGGUAUAGGAGCAAGAGUUUCCCUAACUGGCUGUUUCGCAUCUCGUCCUGCCUCCCUUUUCUCAGCGAACUGAUUCUUUGUGAUUUGGAAGCAUGUGAUUGUCUUCCUCCAUUAGGGGCACUGCCAAAUUUAAGAAAUCUUGGUCUGUAUAACAUUCCCAACAUUAGGAAAAUUGGUAAGGAAUUCUAUGGAGAAGGUGGACCUUGUUUGAAACUAAGAGUACUGACUUUGACAUUGAUGGAGAAUUUGGUGGAGUGGUGGACAACAAAGUCAAGUGACGAAAGCCAAGAGUUUUUAAUCCCUAAUUUGCAUCAUUUGUCGGUAACUGACUGCCCAAAGUUGAAGUUCGUACCAUAUCCCCCAAGAAGUAUGGUUUGGCUUUUGGAAAAUAGCGAGACGGUUCUACCGGAACGAGGAUUUGGAAAGCUCUUAUCGCCCAUUCGUCCUUCUGAGGUGAUUAUAAAGGGGUGUAGUUUCUCUCAAGACAAGUGGGAUAGACUUCAGCACUUUCCCACCCUUGAGAAAUUUGAUUUAAACUCUGUCAGUGGCUUGAGGGCUUUGCCAGAGGUCAUGCAAUGCUUCACCUCACUUACUAGCCUAUAUUUAUUUUCGUUGAAGGGUCUGGAAACACUCCCGGAAAGGUUGGGCCACCUCGGUUCUCUAGAAAAAAUCAGCAUUUGUGAUUGCCCCAACCUGACAUAUUUUCCUGAAAGCAUGAAGAAUCUCACCGCUCUUAAAAAAUUGUUCUUAAAAGAGUGCAAAGGCUUGGAAGCAUUACCGGGAUGGUUGGGACAGUUGACUUGCCUAGAAGAAAUUCAUAUCGAGAAUAUCCCCAACCUGAAAUCUUUGCCUGAAAGCAUGAAGAACCUCACUGCUCUUAACAAACUGUACUUCAUAGAGUGCAAAGGCCUGGAAACAUUGCCGGGGUGGUUGGGACAGUUGACUUGUCUAGAAUAUAUUUUUAUCGAGGAUUUACCCAACCUGACAUCUUUGCCUGAAAGCAUGAAGAACCCCACCGCUCUUAAAAUGCUAACUUUGAUAAAGUGUUAUGCCCUCGAAACAUUACCUGAAUGUUUUGGACCGUUGACUUGCCUAGAGGAACUUAUCAUCAGCGUUUGCAACCUGACAUCUUUGCCUGAAAGCAUGAAGAACCUCACCGCCCUAAAAAGGUUGUCGUUGAGAUGGUGCAAAGGCCUGGAGAUAUUACCUGAUUGGUUGCGACAUCUGACCGCUCUAGAAGCACUUACAAUUGGCAAUUGCGGCAACUUGACAUCUGUACCUGAGAGCAUGAAGAACCUCGCCGCCCUUAAAAACUGAGGUUGAUAAGCUUCAAAAGCCUGGAGAUAUUACCGGAAUGGUUGGGACAUUUGACUGCUCUAGAAGAUAUUGGAAUUGGCCAUUGCCCCAAAUUGAUAUCUUUGCCUGGAAGCAUACAGAGUCUCUCUGCUUUGAAGCUACUCAGAAUUGUUGGAUGUCCAAUAUUGAUUGAGAGGUGCCAAGGGGAGGAUGCGCACAAGAUUCAUCACAUCCCCAUAGUCAAAUUCGGCUGAGCUGUUGUGCAGAAUUUUUGGUCUCUUAUGGAGAGCAGAAGUGGAACAGGGUGGAAAUUAUGGACGUCACGGCCGCGGCUGAGUAAUUCCGUCUCGACCUCUGAUUCCCUCUGCCCUUUGGUUGGAAGACGACGAUGUUCAUCUUUGUUCCUUCUCUGAGGCCAUCGUCGCCGCCUACCUCUCUCCAUCUUUGUUCCCAGUGGCUACAUUCGAGGGCAUGGUGUUCUGUGCUGGAGUUGGCCCCAGGUGCUUCAGAGGAUAUACAGGUUCUUUUGCCCGAGGAGAGGAACCCCAACCCGUCAGGUUUGAGGCCACUACCCCAUAGUGCAAAAUACUACCGAGUGUGUAUCACCGAUCCUGGUCAGUUUCUUCAUGAUACUUCAGUUGACUCGGAUGGACAUGAUCAAUACCACGCCCGGGGCCCAUAUGCAAUGGCCGUCUAAUUUUGCAAUGCUGAAUUAAUUUGCAGAGGCUCCAGCUGUUUGUGUUGUGAAACUUUUCCAAGCAAAGCCAGAAGAGGAAAAACUGCAUGCAAAUGAAACAAUUGACAGAAAAAAAAAGAGCAGGAGCAUAUCUCAUUACAGCUCAGGAGCAGGAUAGCUGUCUCUGUCUGUCCUGUUCCUGUUCCUGUUCCCAAGCUGAAGGAAUACAGAGUUUCCCUGCUUUGAACCUGCUCAAAAUCGUCGCCUGUCCAUCUUUGUUCCCGGUGGAUACCAACAAGUCUUGGAAGCUGUCGUGUUGGUCCCAGCUGCUGCUGUAGAGGUGGCUUACAUCCCAGUCUCGCGGAAGAUAAGUUUACCAAUGCCAAAAAAAGGAGGCAGAGCACAAGGCAGUCUGGUUUACGUAUCAUCGAAGAGCUCCAGUCUACGUAUUCAUCUGGUUUUGUAAAGUCAUUUAUAAGGUUCUAAUUGGAUUAGGAUUAGUGGCUGGGGCCCACCCAGGUUAAAAUCAGGGGGGAGGAGAGUAUUUAGGGAAGGGUAAUUAAGUUUACGUAAGAUCACUCCUACAAAUUAAGAAUUUAAGAUGAUGAUCUUAGAUUCUGUCUUGUGAUCUUUCCUUUAGGGAAGGGUAUUUUCUUUGGAUGUUUUCCACCUCCUUUUGUUCCUUUUAUUAAAUUUAUUUUCAUUGUUUGCUGGAGUAUUUUUCAUUACUGGAACUUCCAUAUACUAAAAAACUUUCCGCUGUGAGCAGUUUGC